AUGGGAACGACAAAGGCGAAAGCCCCUGCAAAGACUGCUGCGGCUUCUCCAAGCACAUCCCGCAAUCUCCCCAAACAGACCUUCAUUCUCGACAAUGGUGCAUACACAAUGAAAGCGGGCUAUGCGCCAGGCCUCUCCGACGAGGAAGAUGCCCUGUCAGCCUGUACUUCGAUCCCGAACGCGCUCGUCAAGACCCGCGAUAACCGCAUUGUGAUCGGUGCACAGCUCGCAACGCAUGUCACCGAUUGGAACGAGGCGGCGUUCCGACGGCCGGUGGAGAAGGGAUAUAUUGUUAACUGGGAAGCGGAGAGGGAGAUAUGGGAGCAGUCUUUUUUCGAGGAGAAGGCGACGGCUCGGAAUAAGCAGCUUCGAAUUGCUGCGCCGGAGGAGACUACCUUGGUCUUGACUGAGAGCCCGAAUGCCCUGCCGGUGUUGCAACGGAAUACGGAUGAGAUGGUGAUGGAAGAAUGGGGGUUUGGGGGUUAUGCGAGGUGUCUAGGCCCAACGCUCAACGCUUGGAAUGAAAUCCACACUUUAUUCGGAGACACCCUCGCCGCAAAAUCCGAGUCCGAUAUUCAGCCCGCGGACUGCCUUCUAGUCGUUGAUUCAGGAUACUCACAUACUACGGUGACUCCGGUCUAUAAGGGGCAAGCUCUCCAGCGCGCCGUCCGUCGUCUCGACAUCGGUGGAAAACACCUCACAAAUUAUCUCAAGGAAAUUGUGUCGAUGCGACAAUAUAACAUGGUGGACGAGACGUAUAUCAUGAACGAAGUCAAAGAAGCCGUCUGCUUCGUGAGCAAUGACUUCACCGGCGACAUGGAAAGGACCUGGAAAGCCAAUCGCAAGCGCCAAGCCGAAGAAAGCGUGGUGGUGGACUUUGUGCUUCCUGAUCCGAAUGCCGGCAAGAAAGGCUUCAUGCGGCCACACGAUCCGCUUUUGCAUGCCAAGAAAAAGAAGGGUGCGCUCUCCGGACUCAGUGCUGAAGUGCUUUCUGAAGAUGUUCUGGUUCUGGGCAACGAACGCUUCGCCGUUCCGGAGCUUCUGUUUACCCCGGGUGAUAUUGGCAUGAAGCAGGCUGGAAUUCCGGACAUGAUCCUAGAAAGUUUGUCUGUUUUGCCGGCUGGGUUGCAUGCUGCCCUUUUGGCAAAUGUGCUAGUUGUCGGUGGUAAUGCUGCGAUUCCGGGCUUCAUGGAGCGACUGGAAACUGAACUGCGCCAGAUCGCAUCGUCGGACUGUGUGGUAAGAGUGCGUCGGGCUUCAGACCCCGUUCGUUCGACAUGGUUGGGCGGAGCUCGCCUUGCUUGUAAUCGGGAAGAGCUGGGCCGAGUUGCUAUUACUCGCCAGGAAUAUCAGGAGCAUGGAUCUGGAUGGGCUGGUCGGCGCUUUGCUAACACCAUCUAG